GCCACUGGCCUGCAACUGUGCGGCCGCUAUCGCGAGACUUCGCAGGCGGAGGAGGAGCUGUCGCGGACAGCCGCCUCACAGCGAUGGCGGCCGAGCAGGGCCGGCGGCGGUGGCGGCUGCGGCACUGGCCAGGGACAGCAGUGGUGGCGGUAGUGGAGCCGCCCCCGGACCCGGGCAUCAUGAGCCAAGGCCCCCCCCCAGGGGAGAGCGGCGAGCCCGAAGCAAAGGUCCUCCACACCAAGCGGCUUUACCGGGCUGUGGUGGAGGCUGUGCAUCGACUUGACCUCAUCCUUUGCAACAAAACCGCUUAUCAAGAAGUGUUCAAACCAGAGAACAUUAGCCUGAGAAACAAGUUGCGUGAGCUCUGUGUCAAGCUUAUGUUUCUGCACCCAGUGGACUAUGGGAGGAAGGCUGAGGAGCUGCUCUGGAGAAAGGUAUACUAUGAAGUUAUCCAGCUUAUCAAGACAAAUAAAAAGCACGUCCACAGCCGGAGCACUCUGGAGUGUGCCUACAGGACACACUUGGUUGCUGGCAUUGGCUUCUACCAGCAUCUUCUUCUGUACAUCCAGUCCCACUACCAGCUUGAACUGCAAUGCUGCAUUGACUGGACACAUGUCACCGACCCCCUCAUAGGUUGCAAGAAGCCUGUGUCUGCCUCAGGGAAGGAGAUGGAUUGGGCACAGAUGGCAUGCCACCGAUGUCUAGUGUACCUGGGGGAUUUGUCACGAUACCAGAAUGAAUUAGCUGGUGUAGACACCGAGCUGCUAGCUGAGAGAUUUUACUACCAGGCCCUGUCAGUAGCUCCCCAGAUUGGAAUGCCCUUCAACCAGCUGGGCACCCUUGCAGGCAGCAAGUACUAUAAUGUAGAAGCCAUGUAUUGCUAUCUACGCUGCAUCCAGUCAGAAGUGUCCUUUGAGGGGGCCUAUGGGAACCUUAAGCGGCUGUAUGACAAGGCAGCCAAAAUGUACCACCAGCUGAAGAAGUGUGAGACUCGCAAACUCUCUCCCAGCAAAAAGCGAUGUAAAGACAUUAAAAGGUUGCUGGUGAAUUUUAUGUAUCUGCAAAGCCUCCUGCAGCCCAAAAGCAGCUGUGUGGACUCAGAGCUCACCGCUCUUUGCCAGUCAGUCCUGGAGGACUUCAACCUCUGUCUCUUCUACCUGCCCUCCUCACCCAGCCUCAGCCUGGCCAGUGAGGAGGAGGAGGAGUGUGAGAGUGGCUAUGCUUUCCUCCCGGACCUUCUCAUCUUCCAGAUGGUCAUCAUCUGCCUUAUGGGUGUGCACAGCUUAAAGAGAGCAGGGUCCAAGCAGUACAGUGCAGCGAUUGCUUUUACCCUGGCCCUCUUCUCUCACCUCGUCAAUCAUGUCAACAUCCGGCUGCAGGCUGAACUGGAAGAGGGGGAGAACGCUGUCCCUGCAUUCCAGAGUGAUGGCACAGAUGAACCAGAGCCCAAGGAACUUCUGGAGAAAGAGGAGGAGCCAGACCCCGAGCCUCCUCCCACAGAACCCCAGGCAAAUGAGGGCAGAAAGAGCCGCAAGUUCUCCCGCCUCUCCUGCCUCCGCCGCCGCCGACACCCACCCAAAGCUGGUGAUGACAGUGACCUGAGUGAAGGUUUUGAGUCAGACUCUAGCCAUGACUCAGCCCGGGCCAGUGAGGGCUCAGACAGCGGCUCUGAUAAGAGUCUUGAAGGUGGGGGAACAGCCUUUGAUGCUGAGACAGACUCAGAAAUGAACAGCCAGGAGUCUCGAUCAGAUCUGGAAGAUAUGGAAGAGGAGGAGGGGACACGGUCCCCAGCUCUGGAGCCCCCUCGGGCCAGAGCAGAGGCUCCUGAUUCCCUCAAUGGCCCACUGGGCUCCAGUGAGGCUAGCAUUGCCAGCAAUCUGCAAGCCAUGUCCACCCAGAUGUUCCAGACCAAGCGUUGUUUUCGAUUGGCCCCCACCUUCAGCAACCUGCUCCUCCAGCCCACCACUGAAGCUCACACCCUGGCUGGCCGGAGGCCCUGUGUCAAUGGGGAUGUGGACAAGCCUUCAGAGCCAGCAUCCGAGGAGGGCUCUGAGUCGGAAGGGAGCGAGUGCAGCGGGCGCUCCUGUCGGAAUGAACGCAGUGUCCAAGAGAAGCUGCAGGUCCUGGCUGCCGAAGGCCUGCUUCCUGCUGUGAAAGUCUUCCUGGAUUGGCUGCGGACCAACCCUGACCUCAUCAUUGUGUGUGCACAGAGCUCUCAAAGUCUGUGGAACCGCCUGUCUGUGUUGCUGAAUCUGUUGCCAGCUGCGGGUGAACUCCAGGAGUCUGGCCUGGUCCUGUGUCCUGAAGUCCAGGGUCUUCUCGAAGGCUGUGAACUGCCUGACCCCCCCUCAGGCCUGCUGCUCCCGGAGGACACUGCUCUUCGUAACCUGCCCCCACUCCGAGCUGCUCACCGACACUUCAACUUUGAUGUGGAUCGGCCUCUGCUUAAUGCGCUGGAGGAGUCAGUGGUGCGCGUCUGCUGCAUUCGCAGCUCUGGUCACUUUGUCGCCCGCCUACAAGGCAGCAUCCUGCAGUUCAACCCGGAGGUCGGCAUCUUCGUCAGCAUUGCCCAGGCUGAGCAGGAGGGCCUGCUGCAGCAGGCCCAGGCACAGUUCCGCAUGGCACAGGAGGAAGCUCGUCGGAAUCGGCUGAUGAGAGACAUGGCCCAGUUACGACUUCAGCUGGAGGUUUCUCAGCUGGAGGGCAGCCUGCAGCAGCCCAAGGCCCAGUCAGCUAUGUCUCCCUACCUGGUCCCUGACACCCAGGCUCUCUGCCACCACCUCCCUGUAAUCCGCCAGCUGGCCACUAGUGGGCGUUUCAUUGUCAUCAUUCCAAGGACAGUGAUUGAUGGCCUGGAUUUACUGAAGAAGGAACACCCAGGGGCCCGGGAUGGGAUCCGGUACCUGGAGGCUGAGUUUAAAAAAGGAAACAGGUACAUUCGCUGCCAGAAGGAAGCAGGAAAGAGCUUCGAGCGGCAUAAGCUGAAGAGGCAGGAUGCAGACGCUUGGACUCUCUAUAAGAUCUUAGACAGUUGCAAACAGCUGACACUGGCCCAGGGGGCAGGCGAGGAGGACCCAAGCGGCAUGGUGACCAUCAUCACAGGCCUUCCACUGGACAACCCCAGUGUGCUUUCAGGCCCUAUGCAGGCAGCCCUGCAGGCCGCUGCCCAUGCCAGUGUGGACAUCAAGAAUGUUACAGAUUUCUACAAGCAGUGGAAAGAGAUUGGUUGAGACUGACCUCCAGGCCCUGAGUGGGGCUGACUCCAGAUCUCUCCUGCCCUCCCUGGCAGCCAGGAUACCACCUGUAGCCACCCCACCACCACUCAGACGCACACUCGCACAUAGGAAGGAGGCCUAGCUGUGCAGAGGCUGCAGGGAGGGCCCGGGAGCCAGCUGGGAGGGUGGGGUCCCCCUGUUGCCAAGAUGACAUUAGGAAAGGAAGACAGUGCUUGGAGCAGGAGAGUCCUGUGGUCCCGUAGCCAGCCUUCCUGCCUCGACUCCCCUGCUGUCCCUAGGGGUAGGUGGCAGGCGUGGGUAUCUGCAUUUCAUUGGAGUGGUUCCUGGACACUUGAGCAGAAGGAAUAGUGGAAGGGGCCCUUCUUCCUCAUCCAAGAUGCAGGGUGGUUGGGGCCAGGAGUUUGGACCCUCCAGGUCCUGGGGGAAGAGUUGGGUAAUACUAGGUAUCUGGCUGGUUCUCUGCAGACCCUUCCCCCUCAGGGACCAUCUUCCUCAUCUCCUUUUGCAGGGGCUGAGCAGCUUUGGGGGCCAGCCACGGGGGCUCUCACAGGAGCAUGGCCUGGAGUGGCCUGUACCGGGUAGCAGGUCUGGGGCUCGCACACCCCUUCUGCCAGCACCCAGUCACUGCACUUUUGUUCUUUGUCUCCCUGUCUGGCUGCCAGGGUGGGGAGUAGGCCCCAUCCAGGCCUGUGGGCUGUGUGGCCUGCUUGCAUGCAGUGCCUGUGUGCACUGCCCAUGAGCACUGCGCUCUGCUGCUGUGCUGGGACAGAGUGGGAUGCCAGUGAGGAAAAGGGGUGCUGCCUGAGGCCACCCCUUACUGAGACAGGGGUUGGCCAUUGCUGGGCAACAGAAGGAGAGGCCCCUCGAAGCUGCUUGGUCAGGGGUCCUCUGUCCUGGAAGGGCUGUGUGUGGGGCUGGCUGUGGGGUGUCAGGUGCACAUGUGGGGGCAGAGAUCAUGAAUAGCUCAGGGCAGUGAAUGGCGUGCCAAGAGCAGGGCUACUUGAGGGAGGCUUUGGCCAGGGCUACCUUGCCCCUCUCCCUCAGGCUGGGGUGUAGUUGGGGGCUGGGGGGAUCUCAGCUCUGCUUCACCCUACCUCAGUGCUGGCCCAGCUCCCAGCUGCGCUUUGAGGGAACUGGCUUCUGCUUCAUCCUCUGAGACAACAAGUCUGAGAAAACCCAGGGGAGUCGUGGUCCCCCAGUUCCUGACAGAGACUGAGACUGAAGCAUCACUUUUAAUAAAGACCCCUGCCCAAGCCUUCA